UUUAUUAAUUUGAUUUUUCUUUUAGGUUUAUGGUUGACACAAAAGUAGUUGGCUGCAACUGGAUUGAAGUGCCACCUGGGAAAUAUACCUUAUUGUCAUCUACUUCAUCUUCCCGCUGCCAAAUUGAAUUAAACGUGGCAUGGAAUGAUUUCAUAGCACACGAACCAGAAGGAGAAUGGUCGAAAAUUGCACCUGUUCGUAUAUUGAGUUUUGAUAUUGAAUGUGCUGGACGAAAGGGUGUGUUUCCUGAACCUCAGCAUGAUCCGGUCAUUCAGAUAGCAAACAUGGUGAUAAGGCAAGGUGAAAAAGGUCCCUUCAUUCGUAACGUAUUCACGCUCAAUUCAUGUGCUCCCAUCAUCGGAUCACAGGUUUUGUCCUACCAGAGUGAACAGGCUCUUUUGAAAGAAUGGGCUGAUUUUAUUCGUGCUGUUGAUCCUGACAUCAUCACUGGUUACAACAUUCAGAACUUUGAUUUCCCGUACCUCAUAAAUAGGGCCAAUCACUUAAAGAUCAGUAGUUUUCCCUUUCUGGGAAGAAUUAAAAACAUAAGAACUAUCAUCCGAGAUUCCGUUCUUCAAUCAAGGCAGAUGGGAAAACGUGAAAACAAAAUUAUCAAUAUCGAAGGGAGAAUACAGCUCGAUUUAUUACAAAUUCUCGUCCGAGAUUAUAAAUUGCGUUCAUACACUUUAAAUGCUGUCAGUUAUCAUUUCCUUCAAGAACAAAAAGAAGAUGUACAGCAUACAAUAAUUACAGAUUUGCAGGUAUAAUGAUUUUCUAAUUUUAUAAAAUUCAAUCGUAAAUUAACAUUCAUUUAAUGCUUAUUAUAUUAUGUAUUUAUAGUGUAACAGUAU